AUCCUCUAGUUCCUUGUGGAUAUAGCCAGGAAUGGAUGGGAGCACGAAAGCCAGAGUGGGGAGCUACAGCAUUGAGGACUCCAGGCGACUGAGAACUUUCAAACGAAGAUUUUCUUUAAUAACGUUUGGCAACAUUUCAUGCAGUGGGGUGUUUGGAAUUUAGUUUCAACCCAUUGACUGUGUUGGGCAUUUAUGUGCCUUUGGAAAGCACUGUUCUAAAUUUACUCUAUUUUUGUUUGCUUGUAAUCACCUUCGCAACUACUACUGCUGAUAUUUGGUUAUAUACAAUGUCAUUGGGUUUUUCAUUUUUUGGUUUUAUUUAGCCCUUAAGAGUAACAUUCAGUGGAAACAGUUUCAAGCAACACAGUUAAGAAUUUCUCUAAGGUUGCUAGGAUUUUUUGUUUUUUUCCUGUGUGUUUUUUUUUUCCUGGGAAGAUAGAGUUGAGGUGUGUCUUUUGAAGUUUUUUUUUUCUUUUUAACUUAGAGGAGCGAGAAUUAUACAGACUUUUGAAGUUUCUACAAGGAAAACACAGUCCUUUUUAAACCCUCAAGGCUAAACCAAAGGAGACCAUUAAGUUUCCAGAAGGAAUUUUCACUCGAAGACAAAGAACAACUUGCCAACAGCACUAAGGAUCUCGAUGCUCACCUCUUAGCAGGACUUCCAAAAGUUUCAGAAUUAAGAAAACUCUUUGAGCCAAGCCAGAAAGAAUUUUUGGAGAUGAAAAGAAAAGAGCGCAUUGCCAGACGCUUAGAAGGAAUUGAAAAUGACACGCAGCCCAUCAUUCUACAGAAUUGUCCCGGGCUAGUAACCCACCGUUUACUGGAGGAAGAUACACCACGAUAUAUGCGAGCUACGGACCCAUACAGUCCCCACAUUGGCCGAGCAAAUGAAGAGGAGGAAACUUCAGAUUCUUCUAUAGAAAAGCAGUCUAUGUCCAGAUAUUGUACAGAAACGCCCAGCAGUUCAGGGGCCAUGGAUACCCAGACACUCGAAUCCAAAGCUGAGAGAAUAGCAAGGUAUAAGGCAGAAAGGAGACGCCAGCUAGCGGAAAAGUACGGGCUGACCCUGGACUCUGAUGCUGACUCCGAAUACGCCUCUCGAUACAUUAAGCCCAAGAAGGACCCAGAAACUGUUGAGAAAAGGGCAGGGAAAAGGGACAAGCAGGAGGAAGAAAGCAAAGCUUUUCCAUCCCCGUACUCCAGGACAGAGACUGUGGAACCGAGUAGUUCAGCCACCGACAACAAGGACUAUGCCUUCCGGGAGCGGGAUGGUGUUCCCAAUAUGGAAGCACUCCUGAACGUGGAAAACCAGAGACGAGCACCGGAGCAGAGUGCCAGUGGACGAGGGCUCGACGCGCCAGCUCCAGCCGAGGGUCCCUCGGCCUUCUCGUUCUCUGAGCGAGACUCUUCCUCCAGCGACGUGCCAAGGUCUCCCAGGCAAACCCACAAGGUGUCCUUGUACUCACCAAAGCAAACAGCUUCACCCAGUCAGCCAUCAGGCGACCAGCCUUUCCACAGCGAUGCCAGACUGGGUAGUUCAGGAAAACCCAAACAUGAAUGGUUUCUUCAGAGAGAUUCGGAAGGGGACACACCUUCACUUAUCAACUGGCCUUCCAGAGUAAAAGUUAGAGAGAAAUUGGUGAAAGAGGGGAGUUCCCAUCGCAGCCCUGAAUUUCUCUCAGACCCCGUAACUCAGAGAAGACCCCACCAGCCAGUGCCAGUCCAUCACGUGCCUCUUCAGUCAGAAACGUCCGCUUUUGUUAGGGUGACCAGCCAGGUGGGCAGUUCCAUCCGCCAGCCGAUCCGUGGUUACAUUCAGCCAGCUGGCCUUGCUCACUCUGCCACUCGAGUAGCCUCAGGUGACCUAGAAGAUGUCUCUGGGAGCAAGACAAUAGCUCCAGCUUCCACCAGCUUCUCCAUGCAACACCCCGCAACUGAUGCUCUAGAGGUCGAGACCAGCUCUGCUCCCACCCUUCAGAUUUAUGAACCUCAACGAGAGGAAGAGCCCUUCUUAGAAGAAGCCCGUGGGAGGGCCGGAAAAGCCCUUUCGCCUUUGGAGACGCCCAGGCAAGCAAAGUGGAGGGAAGACCCUGGUGGAAGUGGCCAAUUUGACGAGCCAGCCAUUAGCUCAGCCAUCAUGAGCCAGGAGAGGGCCCACCGCACAGAGCUUCAGAAUGACCCAGAGUGUCUGUCGCAGCUCUUGCCUCAGUACCGGCCUCCUGAAAAGCUAGCACGGAGUGAGGCGGUCAUGUAUGUUCAGAGCGGAUCCAUGUCCAAGGCCACCGGGUCAAGAGACCAGGCGCAGGAAGUGCCUGCGACGAAGCACCGAUUGCUAAACCGCUCGUUGUCUGACUACACUGGCUCCCCCAAGGUAGAGGAAAUCAAAAGUAAGGAAUCAGCCUCCUCCAAACACGUGCCGGAGUUUCAGAGUGCGGAAGGAGAUGGGUUGAACGGGGAGGUUGGCGUGGUAGACACCAGGGUCUCUGUUGCCCAGCUGCGAAAUGCCUUUCUGGAAUCCGCCAAUGCCAGCAAGAAAUCUGAAUUCCCAUCCCGGGUUGAGAGGUCAACUGCAAGGGCAAAAUUGCCUGCCAAUUCGGAACAGGCACAAGGGUCCCGGAAACCGAGACGCUAUUUUUCUCCUGGUGAAAAUAGAAAGACUUCUGAGAGGUUUAGAACUCAACCUAUAACUUCAGCCGAACGAAAGGAAACGGAUAGGUUCACUCCGAAUUCAGAAAUGCCAGCUGUGGAAGAUGAAGAGAAGGUGGAUGAACGGGCCAAGCUGAGUGUUGCUGCCAAAAGGUUGCUUUUUAGGGAAAUGGAAAAAUCAUUCGAUGAGAAAACAGUUCCUAAAGGUCGCUCGAGGAAUGCAGCAGUGGAGCGGCGGCUGCGGCGAAUGCAGGAUCGAUCCCACACCCAACCUAUCACCACUGAAGAAGUGGUCAUUGCCGUGACUGAACCUAUCCCUGCUUCACAUACUGUGACCACCCACACUGUAAUGGCAAGAAUACCUAGUCCCACUGUAGUUAAGAGCACUUGGCAUCCAACCAGUUUGCAGGCUUCUGCGCACCAGAAGGCCUUAGCCAGGGAGCAGGCAAAGGAGGCUGGAGGCUCAGCUGACGACUCAGGAGAGCCCGACUCCUCCAUGCUCAGCCUGGCUGAGAAGAUGGCCUUGUUUAACAAACUGGCCCAGCCCGUAUCCAAAGCCAUUUCUACCCGAAGCAGGGUGGACAUCAGACAGAGGAGGAUGAACUCUCGGUACCAAACUCAACCGGUCACCCUCGGGGAAGUGGAGCAGGUGCAAAGCGGAAAACUUAUGCCUUUCUCACCUGUGGUGAACACGUCUGUGUCCACGGAAGCAUCCACUCUGGCCCCGAUGUACGCAGGGGAUCUGCGGGCAAAGCAGAUUGCUCCUGAGGAUGCAAGGGCCUCUGACUUCAGGUUCCAUUCUUUGACAGAAAGUGCAGACUCUUCUUUGGUCCGAGGCCCUCCGAAACCCCAAGAAUGGCAGCCCUCCGGGCAGGAAAUUGAAAGCAAAAAGGCAUGCGGGGAUCCUGGGGAGACAGAGACUGUGAGAGGCUGGUCUCGGGAUGACCAGGUUGGGAAAAAGUACAGAUCCUUGGAGGAAGAAGAAAGCCCAGAGCCCUACCUCGAUGCAGUGGGGGAGGGAGAUCUUCACAAAGGGUCCAAAUAUGUUUACCCAAGGAAAGGUAGCAGGGAGUUGUCUCACCCACCAGCUCCAUUUUACCCAGAAGAGCAGAAAGAAUUUCCCAUUUCCAGAAGCAUCGGUCUUGGAAAGCCAGACGUGAGAGAAGAUCAGCCCUUGGAGGAGAAGGUGGACUUGGAGAUGAAAAGCAAGCUGCUGCCAAGAGAGCUUGCUGACGCUCCUCUUGAGUGCUUUGGCACUGCAGCCACAAAGACUGUUUCUCAAACUACAACUGGGGCAUCCUGUAGACAGCAGGAGGGUUCGGAACAAUUAGAGGAAAAACCCUAUAAAAACACUGGUGCACUAUUUUCAGCUGAGGAAAACAAACUACAAAUAACAGAGGACAUCCUUGAUGCAUCUAGCAAAACAAUGUCUAUUAAAGAAAGAUUGGCACUCCUAAAGAAGAGUGGGGAAGAAGACUGGAAAAACAGACUUAACAAAAAACAGGAGUAUGGCAAAGUGUCGGUCACUGAACGAAGCUCCCUGCUCCUAGAGACCGAGCAGUCAUACAAAAAGAAGGAAGAAGGAGGAAUAAGAGAUGAUAAUGCCAUUGCUAAUCUGCUUUGGGAACCUGUUUAUGCUUCUACUUACUCUCCUGCUUUCCCUGCUCUACAUAAAUGCCAGUCUUUUGUACCCAUUAAUCAGGUCAGUAGUACUAAUUUGAGAGACUCAAGGCCCCCGGUUUCUGAUGAACGUCACCCUUGGAGAUGGAAGCAGAGGAUGGUUGACGGUCGGGAGAACCAAAUGACAAUUGAAGAGAGGAAGCAGCUGAUCACUGUGAGAGAAGAAGCCUGGAAGACCAGGGGCAAAGGGGCAGCCAAUGAUUCCACCCAGUUCACCGUGGCAGGGCGAAUGGUCAAGAAAGGUCUGGCCUCACCCACCGCCAUCACACCAGUGGCCUCCCCUUUCAGCAGUAGAACGAAGGGCACCACGCCCAUUUCCAAGCCCCUGGAAGAUAUUGAAGCCAGACCAGAUAUGCAGUUGGAGUCAGACCUGAAGCUGGACAAGCUGGAAACGUUUCUGGGAAGGUUGAAUAACAAAGUUGCAGGGAUGCAAGAAAGAGUGCUCACAGUCACUGGUAAAUCUGUGAAAGAAGUGAUGAAACUAGAUGAUGAUGAAACCUUUACAAAGUUUUACCGUAAUAUGGAUUACACGGUACCUCUAGGAGCAGUGGAACUGGAUGAAGACUUUGAUGCCAUAUUUGAUCCUUACUCUCCCAAGUUGACCUCUUCCGUGACUGAGCACAAGCGGGCCGUCCGACCCACGCGCAGGGUCCCGUCUUCACGGAAUCCCUUAAAGAUGCUGGCUGCCAGAGAAGACAUUCUUCAGGAGUAUACAGAGCAGAGAUUGAAUGUGGCCUUCAUGGAGUCGAAGCGAAUGAAGGUUGAAAAGAUGUCAGCCAAUUCAAACUUCUCAGAAGUGGCCCUGGCAGGUUUAGCCAGCAAAGAAAAUUUCAGCAGUGUGAGUCUGCGGAGUGUAAAUCUGACCGAACAAAACUCCAACAACAGCGCUGUGCCGUACAAGAAACUGAUGCUGCUUCAGGUUAAAGGAAGAAGACAUGUACAGACAAGACUAGUUGAGCCAAGAGCCUCGUCGUUGAACAGUGGAGACUGCUUCCUUCUGUUAACUCCCCACUUCUGCUUUCUGUGGGUGGGAGAGUUUGCCAACGUCAUAGAAAAGGCUAAGGCAUCAGAGCUUGCAACUCUAAUUCAGACCAAGAGGGAACUGGGCUGUAGAGCUACCUACAUUCAGACCAUAGAAGAAGGAAUAAACACACAUACCCAUGCAGCAAAAGACUUCUGGAAGCUGCUAGGCGGUCAGACGAGCUCCCAGGCUGCCGGAAAUCCCGAGGAAGAUGAGAUGUAUGAAACAGCCAUAAUAGAAACCAACUGCAUCUAUCGCUUAGUAGAUGACAAACUUGUUCCUGAUGAUGACUACUGGGGGAAGAUGCCAAAAUGUAACCUCCUGCAGUCUAAAGAGGUUCUCGUGUUCGACUUUGGCAGCGAAGUGUACGUCUGGCAUGGGAAGGAAGUCACGUUAGCACAAAGGAAAGUCGCAUUCCAACUGGCAAAGCACCUGUGGAAUGGAACCUUCGACUAUGCCAACUGUGACAUAAAUCCUCUAGAUCCUGGAGAAUGCAACCCUUUGAUUCCCAGGAAAGGACAGGGCCGACCCGAUUGGGCGAUCUUUGGGAGAUUGACAGAGCACAACGAGACGAUCUUGUUCAAAGAAAAAUUCCUCGAUUGGACUGAAAUGAAGAAGCUGAAUGAAAAGAACUCAAGUGACCUCUCCCAGCAGAAGGAAGAAUCUAGGACUGACUUCAAGCCCUAUGAUGUGAUGCUUAUGGUGCCGGUGCCUCAGACAACAGUCAGCACAGUCUUGGACGGGGUCAACAUCGGCCGAGGCUACGGUCUAAUUGAAGGAGAUGACAGGAGGCAGUUUGAGAUUGCCACUGCCUCCGUGGAUGUGUGGCAUAUCCUGGAAUUCGACUACAGCCGGCUCCCCAAACAGAGCAUCGGCCAGUUCCAUGAAGGCGACACGUAUGUGGUAAAGUGGAAGUACAUGGUGAGCACUGCAGUUGGGAGCAGGCAGAAGGGAGAGCACCCAAUUCGGGUGGCUGGCAAAGAGAAAUGUGUGUACUUCUUCUGGCAAGGGCGGCACUCCACGGUGAGUGAGAAGGGAACGUCGGCCCUGAUGACCGUGGAGCUGGAUGAAGAACGUGGGGCCCAGGUGCAGGUGCUCCAAGGGAAGGAACCACCCUGCUUUCUGCAGUGCUUCCAGGGUGCUAUGGUGGUCCAUGCAGGGAGGCGAGAGGAAGAAGAAGAAAAUGCACAAAGUGACUGGAGAUUGUACUGUGUACGAGGAGAGGUCUCCAAUGAGGGAAAUUUGCUCGAAGUAGCUUGUCACUGCAGCAGCCUCAGGUCCAGGACUUCUAUGAUCGUUCUCAAUGUCAACAAGGCCCUGAUCUACCUGUGGCACGGCUGCAAAGCCCAGGCCCACACAAAGGAUGUAGGAAGAACAGCAGCAAAUAAAAUCAAGGAACAGUGUCCCCUGGAAGCAGGAUUGCACAGCAGCAGCAAGGUGACGAUUCACGAAUGUGACGAAGGGUCAGAGCCAUUGGGAUUCUGGGACGCACUGGGCCGGAGAGACCGCAAAGCCUAUGACUGCAUGCUGCAGGAUCCCGGAAAGUUUAACUUCACACCCCGCCUGUUCAUCCUCAGUAGUUCGUCUGGCGAUUUCUCAGCCACUGAGUUCAUGUAUCCUGCCCGGGAUCCUUCGGUGGUCAAUUCUAUGCCCUUCUUGCAAGAGGACCUGUACAGUGCUCCCCAGCCAGCGCUUUUCCUGGUCGACAACCAUCACGAGGUAUAUCUCUGGCAGGGCUGGUGGCCAAUUGAGAACAAGAUCACUGGCUCUGCGCGGAUCCGCUGGGCCACAGACAGAAAGUGCGCUAUGGAGACGGUCCUUCAAUACUGCAAAGGAAAAAAUGCCAAGAAGCCCCCCAAGUCUUACCUGAUCCAUGCUGGUCUGGAGCCGCUGACAUUCACCAACAUGUUCCCCAGCUGGGAGCACAGGGAAGACAUUGCCGAAAUCACGGAAAUGGACACUGAUGUCUCUAAUCAGAUUAUCCUUGUGGAAGACGUGUUAGCCAAGCUGUGCAAAACCAUCUAUCCCCUGGCCGACCUCUUGGCCAGGCCUCUGCCUGAAGGUGUUGACCCCUUGAAGCUUGAGAUCUAUCUGACAGAUGCAGAUUUUGAGGCCGCCCUGGACAUGACCCGGGAGGAGUUCAGCUCUCUGCCACCCUGGAAGCAGGCCAACCUUAAGAAAGCCAAAGGGCUGUUCUAGGUGGCCCUGGACGCCUUCCCCGGGAAAUCCCUCCCACCGCUCUCGAUACCAUCUGACUGGGAACAAGGGAAUUCUUCAGGUCCUGGAUUACAGAAGUCAUCCAAUAUGUUUUGGCUGAAGUGCGGGCCGGCUGAGGUGUGGGACAGCUGAGUGCACAAGGGAGACCUCUGGGAGACCUCUCACACCCCUGCUUACCAUUGCUGCCAACCCGCUGCUAAAUGGUCGUGUGAAUGCUCCCAGUCCUCCUUUGCCGGGCCCCUCCUCGGCCCGGUCCCCUUCCCAGCCUGACCCCGUCAUCUCCCGAGCCAUUCUCCUGUAAAGUGUUAUUUUGUUAGCUUGCAGAUUCCCGAGAAAUUUAUAUUUAUAUAAACACCUUACCUAGAUGAAGUAUGGAUUUAUCAAAGCAAUAUGUAUUCACUUUUCCAGACUGUUUUUGGUGUCAAAACAAUUGAGAAAGUAGAUGGAAGCUGCUUCUCCUGAAUUAGCUCUCUCACCAAUAUGUAUCCUUCUGUGCGAUCUGAAACGUUUUGUCCUGCAAGAGGCGAUGAAUUCUGGGCACUGCUUCAGGUGCUAAAAUGAACAAAGCCUUUGCACUUCUGAGAAUCUAUGCGAAAAAAACCUUUUUACUUCAGUAUCCAAAAAUGUAUAGUGCCUUGUUUUUGUGUACAGUUUCUAUACAGAAAAGUUUGGUCUGGUUUUUGAAGGUGGUUUGGAACAGGACCCUACAAUUUUACUUUAUAAUGGUAGAAAUAAAAACAUCUCAGUUUCUAAUCAUUCUUGUAAACAUUAAACACGCCUUUUUUGUGAUAUCAGAACCCAAAGUAAAAGCUUCAGAAAAAACUGA